GUCACACCCCCACGUGACCAUGAAUGGUACGGUCGCCUUCGCUGUCAAGUUGAAAUUGCACAUUUGAAGGGCAGUUACCAGUGUGUCGGCUCUGUCCUGUCUACCUUAUGAGCACUGUCGUGAACAUGCUUUGCAGAGUUGGUCAGAUACGCAGAUGCGCAGCCAGCCUCAGCCAAACUGUAAACCAGGUAGCUGCAUCCAGGCAGAAGCACACGCUCCCUGACCUGACCUACGACUAUGGUGCCCUGGAGCCCCACAUCAAUGCAGAAAUAAUGCAGCUGCACCACAGCAAGCACCAUGCCACUUAUGUCAACAACCUUAACAUCACAGAGGAGAAAUAUCAGGAGGCACUAGCGAAGGGAGAUGUGACGACCCAGGUUGCCCUCCAGCCUGCUCUGAAGUUUAAUGGAGGAGGCCACAUUAACCACACGAUCUUCUGGACAAACCUCUCUCCAAAUGGUGGAGGCGAGCCACAGGGAGAUCUGAUGGAGGCCAUUAAGCGGGACUUUGGCUCCUUCCAGAAGAUGAAGGAGAGGAUGUCUGCUGCGACAGUGGCAGUGCAGGGCUCGGGCUGGGGCUGGCUGGGCUUCGAAAAGGAGAGUGGAAGACUUCGGAUCGCUGCUUGUGCUAACCAGGAUCCCCUGCAGGGAUCUACAGGUCUCAUUCCCCUUCUUGGAAUCGAUGUAUGGGAGCAUGCCUACUACCUUCAGUACAAAAAUGUGCGUCCAGACUAUGUUAAGGCUAUCUGGAAUAUCAUCAACUGGGAGAAUGUGAGCGAGCGUCUCCAGACUGCCAAAAAGUAGAAUCUAAACCUCAGAUAACAAUAAUAACCCCUUUCACCCUGAGCUGUACCUGGAUCAAAUAGUAAAUCCAAACAAUGUUUAGUUUUACCUUUCAUGGAUGGAUCAGCGGCAACAAAGUUGAUUAACUUGUUAAAAUACUUCCUAUAUUGUUGCAGAUUACAUUGUCUUUGUGGCAAACAUACCACACAGGUUAAAGCAAAUUAUUUGCAAGUGCUUUUUAUCUCAGGCCUGUUCCCUACCACCAGACUUCAUGCAAGCACACAAAUUGGCCUCCCUUCACAUCAAGGCUAGCUUUUGUCAGUCAAACCCAAAUAUUGGCUGCCAUACAUGUAAAAUAGGUGUCAGAUACCCCAAGUGCAUAUUCAAUAAGCUUUGUCAUUGUCCGAAUAACUCCCACUAAAAUCAGAUUGUGUUAUUGCAGUCCAUGUUUUUGGUGUAUUAUAAUAAAAUUAUAAGAAUUCAAUUGUAAAA